CAAAACACUACAGGAAGCAUAUGAAUGGAAAACAUGGUAAGAUGUCAACUGUUUUGUAACUGGAAAAAGUAUGCUACUGUUUUGAUUUGGUACGGAUUUGAUGUUUGCUUUGUUGGUGUUUUUUUCAUCUGCAGACUUCCUCCAGACAGUGACAUUUCAACAUUGUACAACUUUCUAUGUCUAAUUUUUCAAUAACUUUCAAAAAAAAUAAAUAAAAAAUCUACAUAAUUACAUAUCAUUCAAGAUGCAGUCAUCAUUAAAGAAUGAGUCCAAUGUCAUGGUAUUUACACUCUCUGGUCUGAAUGAAACAAUGGAAAAUAGAUAUGUCUUGUUUUCUUUUACUGCACUGUAUUAUCCCCUGAUAAUCUUUUGUAAUGUAACUAUAAUUACUACUAUACUCUUACAUAAGAAGCUUCAUGAGCCGAUGUAUGUCUUUAUAUGUAAUCUGUGUGUAAAUGGCCUUUAUGGCACGUCUGGAUUCUACCCUAAAUUUCUGUAUGAUUUAUUAGCACAGGAUCACAUUAUUUCUUAUGUUGGAUGUAUGAUUCAGAUAUUUGUCAUUUAUACAUCCUUAAUGUGUGACCUUUCAACAUUAACAGUGAUGGCAUAUGACAGGUAUGUGGCAAUAUGUAGACCACUGGAGUACCAUUCAAAAAUGACAAAUCAGAAGAUUCUUAAAUGUAUCCUUUUCUGCUGGCUGACUCCAUUUUUUUGCAUGUCUGUUCUAAUCAUUUUAACAUCUAGACUCACCUUAUGUGGCUUUAAUAUCGAAAAGUUAUAUUGUGAGAUUUGGGCAGUUGCAAAACUUUCUUGUUUUUCUACAACAGUAAAUAAUGUGUUUGGGUACAUUGUUAUUCUUACAUACUUUGGACAUUCAGUAUUGAUUUUUUGCUCAUACAUUCACUUGAUUAGAAAGUGCAGGAAGUCAAUAGAGGUCAGGCACAAAUUCAUGCAAACAUGUGUGCCACAUCUGCUUGCAUUGAUCAAUGUGACAAUUGCAUUUAUGUUUGAUGUACUGUACAGUCGUUAUGGCUCAAAGAAUGUUCCUCAAGGUGUACGCAAUUUCAUGGCUCUUGAAUUCAUACUUGUACCACCCAUUUUAAAUCCUCUUAUUUAUGGGUUGCACCUC